AUGAUGCCAACCUUGGAGAGUAAAGAAAAAUGUGGGAAAGGACCAAAAAAUACCUUUGCCCCGCCUGCACAAAAAUUGCAUAGCCUGAUGCCCUAUAACCUUAACUCAUCAAAGGAGGAGAUCCCGGAGAUCAGUUCCCCACAGGCAGAGGUCAGGCCAAGCCUGCUAAAGGCCGGGUUAGAGAAGAAGAAGGAGAAAACAACCACAGAGAAUGGCCCAGGCAGUGGCCAGGAGAUACAAGGAAAGGCUCAAGACAGCAAGAACACAAAGAAAGAAAAGGAAAAAUCAACUCUUACCGACGCAGAAUUUGAGGAGAUUGUCCAGAUUGUGCUACAGAAGUCCUUCCAGGAGUGCUUGGAGACUUCCUGUACCCAGCCUACAAGAUGUACCCAAUUAGACAAGGAACCAGGAAUUGCUUCUUCUAAUACUUCUGAUAAUAAUAAUGCUGAUGGAGGCAGAGUAGUGGUACGUCCUAUUCUAGAGAUUUCAGCCUCUCAGGAAGAUGGAAUAAUCCCUGAGAUAAAGAUAUCUAAGCCAGGCCAGCCAGAUUCUGCAUCCUCUGAGAAGAAAUUCAAUAAACUCUCCUUAAGCAAAAGAAAGAAGGAAGCUCAAGAUGAGAAAAUGGAGAAAGACCAAAGUGAACAUGAGCACAGACAGGAUGACCAACAUAAGAAAACUAUCCAGGAUCAUUCCCAGAACGGGGACCAACAAAAAGGAGAAGGAAAUGGUUUUGGUCAGUGUCUAGUCUGGGUCCAGUGUUCCUCCCCACACUGUGAGAAAUGGAGGCGGCUGCGUGGGAACAUUGACCCCUCAGUCCUCCCAGAUAAUUGGUCCUGCGACCAGAACACAGACUUGCAGUAUAAUCGCUGUGAUAUCCCUGAGGAGACCUGGACUGGUCAUGAAAGUGAUGUGGCCUAUGCCUCCUACAUCCCAGGAUCCAUCAUCUGGGCCAAGCAAUACGGCUACCCCUGGUGGCCAGGCAUGGUAGAACCUGAUCCUGACCUGGGGGAAUAUUUUCUUUUUGCUUCUCAUCUUGAUUCCCUGCCGUCCAAGUACCACGUGACAUUUUUUGGAGAAACAGUCUCUCGUGCUUGGAUCCCAGUCAACAUGCUAAAGAACUUCCAGGAGCUGACCCUGGAGCUAAGUGGAGUGAGAAAGUGCAAGAAUAAGGACUGCAGCCAGAAACUGGGGGUAGCCCUGAUGAUGGCUCAAAAGGCAGAGCAGAUCAGUAUUCAGGAGCGGGUUAACUUGUUUGGUUUCUGGAGCCGAUACAGUGGACCUGACAAUAAUGGGGAAGAAAAAGACUUACCGCUCUCUGGGACUAGCAGCUUAGAUUCCUGCUUGGAGAAAGAAGAGAAAGAGCCAGAGUUGGAGGAGGAUGAAGAGGAGGAACAAGAUAAAGCAGAUCCAACUUUGCUUAAUCCCAAGCCAGCCAAAAUUCAAACAGAAAAACCCAAGGCAAGAGGAUUGGGGGUUGGGAGUGAUGCCGGAGCAGAUGAACGAGAUGGGACCCUGAAAAGGAGAACAAAGAGAACUCUGUUAAAUGAACCUGCACCUCCACCUGUGCCCAUAAUGGGAAGGAAAAAAGGGCAUGAAAAUUCAGGACCUGAGCAGCCGGACCCUAAGAAAAAAUUCAAAGCUCCCCAAAGCAAGGCCCCAGGAAGCAGCCUGUCUGAAGAAAAAGAAGCUAGACUAGUGCCAGAAGUCCUGACCCCACCAGCUCCUCGUGGGGCCUGUCAUGUUGCUGGGGAAGAAGGGCCUGAACCCCAGGAUGCUGGAAGUGUCCCUUCUGACGAUGGAGCCUCCAGUGACCUGGAUCUGGACCAGCUCAUGGAAGAUGUUGGAGAAGAGCUGGAGCAGAGGGAGGAGCCGCAGCACAGAGUGGACACGGGGGAGCUCGCUGCGGCCUUCUGUGAGGAAUAG